AUGGCUCUCAUCCCUGCCGAACAGGAUAAGUAUGAGGUGAAGGAAGUCAUCGGUCGGGGUGCCUUUGGUAUCAUCCGAAAAGUUCGUCGGAAGCAAGAUGGCCAUAUCCUAUGUCGCAAGGAAAUCAACUAUGUCAAGAUGUCCCAGAAAGAACGAGAUCAAUUACAUUCCGAGUUUUCAAUCUUAUCAUCCCUCAACCAUCCAAACAUUGUGGGAUACUUCCAUCGAGAGCACCUCAAAAGCACUCAAGAGCUUUACCUGUACAUGGAAUAUUGUGGCGGAGGUGAUCUUGGAUGCGUGAUCAAGGAGCUCAAGAGGAAGAAUGAACUUGCCAAAGAAGAAUUUGUGUGGAGAAUAUUCAGCCAGCUUGUCACAGCAUUGUAUCGUUGUCACCAUGGCGUCGAUCCACCGGAACCUGGCAGUGACCACUCUCGACAGAAGGAAAUUCGACCUCCAACUGGGCAGAAAAUGAUUCUUCAUCGCGACCUGAAACCUGAGAACAUCUUCCUUGGUGAUGAUCAAUCAGUCAAGCUUGGUGAUUUUGGGCUAUCAAAGCUUAUGCAAUCACAUGAUUUUGCAUCUACAUAUGUUGGGACGCCUUUCUACAUGUCACCCGAGAUCUGUGCAGCUGAGAAGUACACACUACAUUCCGAUAUCUGGUCAUUGGGAUGUAUCAUGUAUGAACUCUGUACAAAGGAACCACCUUUCAACGCCAAUUCCCACCUGCAACUUGUUCAGCGUAUUCGGAAGGGUGUCUUUGACCCUAUACCAGGCGUGUACUCCAAAGAUCUUGCCAAUGUCAUUGCCAGCUGCCUCAAGACAAACCCCAUGCAUCGACCGGAUACAACUUCACUAUUGAGUGUCCCGUAUAUCUGGUUUGCCCGCCGCCAGCAAGAAAUGGUCAGCAUUGGUAAAACCCUGAGGACGCGAGAAGAGAUUGCAGAGCAAAAGCUGAAGCAGGCGGAGGAGAGGCUUUCUGCUCUGGAAACCGACAAAGCCGCCAUGAAAGUGGAGUUAGACGCCCGACUACGCCGGGAAUGGGAGUUGAAGGCGAGACUUGAAAUUGAUCGACAAGUACAGAUCGAGCUUGAGAGAUUACGAAAAACUUUUGACAACGAAGUCGAGGUUCGUGUUACAGCCAUGCUCCUGGACCGCGAGAGAUCCUCAGAGUUACGGGCCUUGAGAGAAAUCCGUAACCAAUCGAAGGUGCAGAACAAGGAGAAUCUCAACCCCAGUUCAUCAGUCAACACUUCCGGAGAAGAAGACUUCCCUUCAGUGACUGAUUUGACCGAUCUGUCUGAACUCUCCUUGGACUCGCCCGUUCUGUCGACAACCGCAGCCAUCCCGCCGAAGAAGGCGAAGACACCAUUUGCGCGAUCGAAAACCACCUUUGAUUCUCCUGCUGAUGUCCCUAUGGGCGAACCUUCACCAAUGUCCAUAUCUUCAUUAGCACUUUCACCUCGACGGACUGCUGCAGCUCAAGUUACCGCUAAUUCUACGGUGACCGCUCUUGGGGCGAAGAAUAUAUUCGCACAUGCAGCCCGUCAGAAAGCGAAAUGGGAGCCUCAACUUGCAUAUACGACAGAUGCAGAGGAAAAUUUGGAUUUCGGGGAAGACUCUGAGGAUGACGAUGAUUUCCCAGACCUGCCUAGCCCUACGAGGCCAAAAACGAACCUUGUCAACACUGACCCUUUCAAAAAUCCACCACCGGUCAGCUUGAGAGGCAGACCAGCUUUGAUGAGACAAAACACCACCGCCACGAUGCAGAAGUUGACCACAAAACCCACCAUAUUUCCUUCCAGUAGUACUGCUACGCAAGUACGAGCCGGCAUUGCAUCAUCGAACGUUGGUAAUGUUAUCCGAGGCAUCCCUCGAGCCACAUUUGAUGGCGAAAUCAAAUCCAUCACAACAAAGACAACCAGUCCAAGCCGACGUCUUAGUAAGAUACCCAGUCGAAACGAUCUUCGAGAACAAGCGAGCGGCAACGGCAGUGACGGGAGCACUAGCCCAGUGAGACGAUCAGCAACUACAACUGGAUUGACCAGCAAACUAGCAGCUGGAAGAGAGCCUGUUGCCGUUGGCGGCUUGGGAGGGCGUACUCUGGUUGAAUUAGCUCAAGCGCGAGCUGGCGGGCGCGACUCCAAUGAGCGUGCUCUCAACAAUGGUAUGAGAUCCAAGGCCGUUACCGACUUCCAUGAUCGAGUCAAAGAGUUGCCACCUGUGCCCAUUUGGGAUCCAGAGACGGCUGGAGACGACAUGCCGAGUCCGUUCUUGAAACGAGAUGUGAAAGCCAUCCGUAUGAUGCGGUGA